AUGGACGAGUAUGGCGGGCCGGCGGCGCCGCCCCGGCCGCCCAAGCCGGCGGCGCGAGUGCACCGCACGGGCAGUGCGGGCGCGGGCAGCGCGGGGGGCGGCCGCGCGCCCGCCGUGUCGCUGCUGCGGCCGCGGCCCGACGCUGAGCGCGAGCGCAACGCGUACGUGGAGGCGCCGCGCCGCGCGCCGCCCGCGCCGCCCGCGCACCGCCACGCGCACGCCGCCGCGCAGCCGCUCAAGCCGGUGACGGCGCAGCCCGGCGCGCGCGCGGGCGGCGGGGACAAGACGCGCGCGGGCGGGGGCGCGGGCGAAUCCAUCGUGUGCGCCGCGUGCGGGCGCUGCCGCUGCGAGCAGUGCGCGCGGCCGCGGCCGCUGCCGCAGCGCUGGCUGUGCGGGUCGUGCCUGUGCAGCGCGGAGGCGUGCGUGGACUACGCGUCGUGUAUGUGCUGCGCCAAGGCGCUGUUCUACCACUGCGGCGGCGAGGAGGACGCGGGCGCGGAGCCGUGUGCGUGCGGGCCGCGGCUGGCGUGCGUGGCGGCGCUGGCGCUGCCGCUGCCGUGCCUGUGGCUAUACUGGCCGCUGCGCGCGCUGGCGGCGGCGGGCGCGGCCGCGUACGCGCGCUGCCGCCGCGCCGGCUGCCGCUGCGCCGGGCCGCCGCCGCUCUCCAGUAUUAUC